CGCGAACAGAUUGGGUUGGGCAAGACAGGUGGACUCUAAUUUACCUUUUGUUUUUUAGGCUCGUCCUUCUUCUUCUCCUCGCCAUGGCAGCAUCGACAAUGACGGAUGCACUCCCAUUUACCAAGCCAGGCGUCGCCAUCGUGACAGGCGCUUCGUCUGGCAUUGGGCGCGCAGCAGCCAUCAGCCUCUACCAGGCGGGCUGGUCCUGCGUCUUGUCAGGCAGAAGGGAUGUCGAGCUCCAGGAGACGGCACGGCGAAUGGAGGCUGCUGGCCUUGCUUCGGACAGCCAAGCCAGUAUUUGCUGUGUGUGUGGCGAUUUGACAGCGCGGGGCGAGAUUGAAAGACUGUUUAAUGAGACGGUCAAGACUUUCGGACGAAUCGACCUGCUCUUCAACAAUGCAGGUGUCGGAAAUGCAAAGGUGGCCAUGGAGGAUAUACCAUUUGAGGACUUUCAGUCGCUGCUUCAAAUCAACGUCGCAGUCCCCUUUCGGUGCACACAGCUGGCGAUCAAGCAGAUGAAAGCCCAGGUGCCCAUGGGCGGUCGGAUCAUCAACAAUGGCUCCGUCUCGUCAGUCACACCCCGACCCUUGUCGGCCCCCUACACGCUUUCCAAGCACGCCAUCACCGGUCUCACAAAGUCGACGGCCCUCGACGGAAGGCAGCACAAUAUCGCGUGCACGCAGCUCGACAUUGGAAACGCACAGAGCGUCAUGUCGGACAGCAAGACCGGUGGUGUCCUCCAGGCCGACGGAAGCCUUCGACCGGAACCGGUCAUGGAUGUUCGCUACGCCGGGCAUGCGGUGGCCUACCUCGCCAGCUUACCGUUGGACGUCAACGUUCUAAACCAGACUAUCAUGGCCACAACAAUGCCGUUCGUUGGAAGAGGUUGAAAUUGAGAAUAUACAGAUGUAGAGUAGUACUGCCAAAUUUAUGCGGCAUCCCUCGUCGACAACGAGGUGAAGCCUGCGCC